AUGCCGCUUGUAAUAUAUAGCUAGAAGCGUUUUGUUUUGCAGUACAGCUAAAUUAGGGCUUCAGGUUUGUGACUGUUGAAGUGCUUCCAAUUAACGCUUAUCUUGGGAAGAAAUGGCACCUAAAAAGGGGAUUCUUGCACGUCUGGAUGCAGGGGAAGUUGUUAUUGGAGACGGGGGUUUUGUGUUUGCUCUGGAAAAGAGAGGUUAUGUGAAAGCAGGGCCAUGGACCCCCGAGGCCACACUGGAGCACCCUGAAGCUGUCCGCCAGCUGCACCGAGAGUUCCUGAGAUCUGGAUCUGAUGUGAUGCAGACUUUCACAUUCUAUGCCAGCGAUGAUAAGCUGGAGAACAGGGGCAAUUAUGUGGCACAGAAGUUUUCGGGCCAAAAAGUGAACGAGGCUGCUUGCGACAUUGCCAGGGAGGUGGCUGAUGAAGGAGAUGCACUGGUGGCUGGAGGUGUGAGCCAGACCCCCUCUUACCUGAGCUGCAAGAGCGAGGCUGAUGUGAAGGCCAUUUUCAAGAAGCAACUGGACGUCUUUGUGAAAAAGAAUGUGGACUUCAUGAUUGCUGAGUAUUUUGAGCACGUGGAGGAGGCUGAGUGGGCAGUUCAAGUUCUGAAGGGCAGUGGGAAGCCAGUUGCAGCCACUCUGUGCGUUGGACCUACUGGAGACCUGAAUGGAGUGUCUCCAGGGGACUGUGCUGUCAAGCUGGUCAAAGCUGGUGCUCAGAUUGUUGGAAUCAAUUGCCAUUUUGAUCCAAUGACCUGCUUGGAGACCAUGAAGCUCAUGAAGGCAGGCUUGGAAGCAGCGAAACUGAAAGCCCAUCUAAUGGUCCAGCCCCUUGCUUACCACACCCCUGACUGCAAUCACCAGGGCUUCAUUGACCUGCCAGAAUUCCCCUUUGGAUUGGAACCAAGAGUCCUCACUAGAUGGGACAUGCACAAGUACGCCAGGGAGGCCUACAGUCUGGGAAUCCGCUACAUCGGUGGCUGCUGUGGGUUCGAGCCCUACCACAUCAGAGCCGUCGCAGAGGAGCUGGCACCAGAGAGGGGCUUCCUGCCCCCAGCCUCGGAGAAGCACGGCAGCUGGGGCAGCGGCCUGGAAAUGCACACCAAGCCCUGGGUCAGAGCCAGGGCUCGUCGGGAUUACUGGGAGAAACUGGCCCCUGCUUCCGGCCGGCCGUUUUGCUCUUCCAUGUCUCAUCCAGACAGCUGGGGGGUGACCAAAGGACAUGCAGAUCUGGUGCAACAGAAAGAAGCAACAUCUGAGCAGCAGCUGAAGGACCUCUUCCAGAAGCAGAAGGAAAACACCAGCCACUGAGCGGCAUAAUGCAGAGGGGUGGGCAGUACACCAGCCACUGAGUGCCGUAACGCAGAGGGGUGGGCUUUCCAGGGAUUAGGGGCUUGGCAGGAUAAUGACCCCAAACCACCCCCCGCCCACCAUCACCCUUCCCAUUUCAGCUUUUGGAUAUUAAGCACUGACUGCUGACUGAUUUUAUGUUUUUAAUUCUUGGACCAUUCAAUUGAACCCAGAUUUGGUUUCAUUAAAGAAUCUCAAUUG